AAGCCGUUUUAGUUGCUGCCGAGACGCGCAUCAAGUCGCAACCAAGAAUUUUCGAGUGGACGCGUGGAUGUUCUGGGCCUGCGCAAACGGUGAACAGUGUAAUUUACAUACAAGCACACACACGCGCGCAUAAACGCAUAUAAAUUGCACUAAUUAAUCAAGUGAAAUUAGAAGAAGUCAGUGAAAGAAAGAAUGUGGCGCACACUUUUUGCCGUCGCCUUGCUCGUCAGUUGCAUUUGCGAGAAUUCUCUCGCUCAGGAUGCUUUGCGCAGUAUUCAUUUCCCCGUGGAGAGCCAUGAUGGCUCCUGCUUUGUGGAUGCCGCAAAGAAAGUGCGUGGCAUUUGCAAAAAUUUGGCUGAAUGCGGCUCAGCGCUGAGACGUUGGAAGAAUCAAAAUAUACGCCCACAAACCUGUUACUUUAAUAAAUUCGAACACAUCGUUUGUUGUGAGAUCGAGAGAAGUCCCAUAUUGGAGCCGAUACUAUAUAUGAAGCCCAUGCAGGUGAAGCGGCGCAGUGAAGUGGAAUGUGAAUCGCACCAAGGCAACAAAUUUUACAUAACCAUUGUGAGGGGCCAGGCAGCAGCGGCCAAUGAAUUCCCAUAUAUGGCCGCAGUGGGCUGGGUGUCGAAUACGGAUAGAAGCAGCGCUUUCUUCUAUUGUGCUGGCGUGUUGAUAUCACCGAACUUCGUCUUAACUGCAGCACAUUGUGCCGGUUUGGGAGGACAAUCUCCGACAGUUGUUCGCAUCGGUGGCACUAAUCUAACCGAUCCGCAAACACCCAACAUACCGAUUAAGCGGAUCAUAGUGCAUCCAGGUUAUCGCAGUGGCUCUUCAUAUAAUGACAUUGCGCUGUUGGAAUUGCAGCAGGGAACAAGACAGAAACCUGCCUGCCUGUGGACCCGGUAUGAUGUACCUCAUAACAAUGUGACAGCGCUUGGCUAUGGGCAUACACAAUUCGCUGGCGCGAACUCGAAUGUCUUACAGAAGGCCGUCUUAUUCCUGGUACCCAGCGAUGUCUGUCAACGCUACUAUAUGCCCGAUGAGAAUAUAUUACAGCAGGGCUUGGCGAACACGCAGAUCUGCGCUGGUGAUCAGGAAAAUCGCCGCGAUACGUGUCAGGGUGACUCCGGUGGUCCGCUGAUCUUGAAGGUCGAUCGCGACAUCACCUAUUCGUAUGUCGUGGGAAUAACGUCGUUUGGUCAAGCUUGUGGCGGUGCACCGCCGAGUAUUUAUUCGCGUGUUUCGGCGUACAUUGACUGGAUAGAGGACAUCGUUUGGCCGAUAGCACAGUUGAGUGGUUUCGGAGUUAACGGUUGAUGACAUCAUUUAAGUGCAGCAAUUAAAAAUUGCGAGGAAUUAUUUAACAUACAUUAAUUUUAGUAUUUAGUUUUAUUCUACACUUAUAAUUGAAAAUAAGUAUCUGUCCAAUUGCACGUGACUAUUGAUCUUAAAUUGAAACUGUCUGAAAAUAAAAUUUACGUCCUCAUUACCCUUGAA